AGUCGUCCCCUUCAGCCUGAGAGGUUCCUCGCAGCGUCUCAGACGUCCUGUGCGUGUGGCGGCUUGCCUGCAGCCCCUGUUGCGGGAUGAAAGCCAAGUGGUGGAGCUGCCUGUUGGCGCUGCUCUGCAUGCCUGCCGUGGUGACGCUCAACACCUGGACAGCUUCCCAAAGCCCCUUGUCCAUUUCCAAUGUGUGGAUCAAUUCGUCGCUUGAGAUCAAAUGCUCCACAUCCCUAGAGAACCUUUCGGGCCUCUCUCUAAAAAGGCGCUUCCUUGGAGACGAGCAAAUUCUGUACCUCAACUUUGACAAAGGAGUUGUUACCAAGAACACUACAGUUGAUAAAUUUCAAAACAGAAUUAGCAUAACCAAGGAGCAGCUGGACCCAGGAGCCAGGUAUAAGUUUAAGCUACAGCUGUCCCUUCUGGGGCUGGAAGACACAGACUUGUAUUACUGCAGCUGGGCCUACAUUGACGAACAAUACAAUAACGUUAACUUGGAGAGCAAUGGGACCGUCAUCAUUGUCAGAGAGGGCGGACCCAUGGAAGAAUGCAGCAGCCGCACCGUGGAUCUGACCCUGAUCUACCUGAGCAUCGUGGCGUUUACCGGCGUAUUUCUGAUGUCCAUCGGCCUGAUGAUUGUGAAGUGCAGGAGGUUCAAGAAGAACUUCACGCCUUUCAGAGGUUACGCCCCUCCCUUGCCUCCGAGACCCUCGCGACCCCCCAAACCCAACCAGCCUCGGAACAUCUACACGCAGCAGCAGCAGACCGUCGAUCACUGCCCCUACAUGAUGACGUCCACACAAAACUACGGCAUCUUUGGCAAUCUGUGAUGCUAAGCGCCGAUGCAAACUGAUGAUAAAAUCUAAUAUUUGCAGCAAGGGCAUCUUAAAAGCACUCUGGCUGGAAAUAGUUAGCGGAACUGGUUGGCUUUGUGCAGUGCCUUUCACUUCCUUGACAUCUAAUUUACCGUUUUUGUCUGCAGAAAUGUGUCUCAGCUACCACAUCCUGGAUGAAGCGAGAGUGUACAGGUGUGUGUGAAAGAGCGAGGUUUGUUUGUGAUGGAAAAUUGCAAAGUUAGCUGUUUCCAUUUGUGCUUGUUGUGCAGCUUUCCUUGACCCAUUAAGGUUUCGAAUGUACUUCAGAGUCUCACGCAAAUAUGUUUGUCCCUUGUAUAUAAUGUGUACUUUUGCCUGUUUUAAUAAGUUUAAUAAAUGAAAAAUGUUCAAAAUCA